AAUUCUCAGUCGCCGCCUUGCGACGCAGUCACGGCCUCGUAGCUCCCUCUCUCGCUCUCCGCCGCCUCCUCUUCUGCUCUGCUGGUUUGUAUCUCGUCUAGAUUCUUGGGUUUCGUUUUCGCUUUUGCUUCCGCUUUCUUGGUUUUCCCAUGCUUCCGAGUGAUCGAGAUCGGUAACUAUAGCCAUGGCCAAGUGCGAGGGAAAAUUAGGGUCGAUUCCUUUUGAGCUGUCAAAUGCGUGGGACUUUGGAGUUUUCCAUAGAAAGCAAGGGUUUUUGUGUUGCUUCGGGGGUGUCUUGCGAGGCGAGAUUUGAUCUGGGUUUUCAAGCUUGAGAAGAGAUUUUGUGGCAAGGGUUGUGGGUUUUUGUGGGAUAGAGAUGGAGAUAGAGAUAGGUGGUGGGGAUGGGCCGUGGAAUGAUGAAGAGAAAGCUGUGGUAGCUGCAGUCUUAGGAGCUCGGGCAUUUGCUUACUUAGUGCCGAGCUCGGUUUCGAAUGACAAUCUCUUGAUGACCAUUGGGAGUGGCGAGAAUUUGAAUUUGCUCCAAGAAAAUUUGCAUCGGCAAUAACACCUCUCUCUCUCUCUCUCUCUUCGUGGAGUGAGAUAUCACCGUCACUAUGCCACCAUUGUUGCCGUCAGCCCUUCACUGGAGCACCACACGUCGCGGCCUCCUUGUAGACCACCCUCUCUCCCUGUAAUUGUAGGGUAGUUCUCUAUAUCGAACAUGGCUUUUCCCUUCACGUGAAUAGUUUUAUCUCAGUGGUGAAGAAAGGUCUUGGCUUUCUGCAAUUAGAUAGGCAGCUUGCCCAUGGCGACUGAAGAAGCUUCCCAAGAUCAGAGAAAACGCACGCUGGAGGAGGCACUGGAACGGCGGUUCGCAGUGGCGAGAGCUGAGGCUAUGCAGCAGCAAGAGAGGAGGAGUAAUAACCGCAAGUUUGAUAGAGGAAGUGGAAGAGAAGGUGAUGGAGGGACUGGCAUUACUAGCACAGUGUCCUCCUCCAUUACUUCACUGAAUAAAGAUGCAGAGGCUAAUGAUCCAACUUACUCACUGUUAUCUCAAACCAUGCACGAGAAUCUGUUAGUGCAGAAUUUGGAGAUUUCUAGCAGAAGAGGAACUGGAGUUGACAAGGUAUUGCAUGAACUUCUCCAGAAGGGCGAUUCAGCUCAGAAAUACAUGCAGGGUUCUAGAAGUAUGAGACUGAAUGAUGUGAUCCUUCUUGAUAAUUUUGUACCAAAACGUAGCACAUUGGCUGGUGCUCGCCUCAGGGCUUUGCGGAGCCACUCAAAACGGUCUAAAACUCGCAUGUCUAUGAAGCAGCAUAAGAAAUGUGGAUCAUUUGAUUUGCCUCAAGAUCUCAAAUUUGACUUCUUUAAGCCGAUGCAUGAAAUUUGGAAAGGCUACAUAGCAGAACUUUUGAACAUCAGUGGCUGGCUGAGUGCCUCCUCAGUGCGGAUUUACAUGGGGCUAUUGUUCGAGUUGUGCCCAAGAGAGGUUCUGUUUUUCUGUUCCAAGUUGAUUGCUGGAAGAUUACAUUAUGUGGAGACAAGCUUCUUGCAAGAGAUUAGAAUUUGUCACCAGGAUAAUGUUUGUUUCUUGACAAACAGUAUAAUUUUGCUACUUAGAUCCUGUAUCUACGAUUUUGUAUGUACACCAUCUUUAGAGUAUGGGGCUUUUGACUUCAACUAUCUAUUUUUGUUGCAGCAAUUAAUUAUCUAAAGGAAAAUUUGUAGUUUACAGCAACCGGUUCUUACCUUUUUUUACCAAGUUUUGAUAUAUUGUAAUUUUU